UUUUGGACCUUUUGGUCUUUUUCAUUAAUUGCCAAAAUUUUCGAUCUCAAUCUCGUUUUCCUCGAUCCGUGCCGGCCGAUCCACGAAUCGAACCGCGUCGUUUUCGAUCUCGUUUACACCUAUCGAUCGAUAUCGGUUUUCUCUAUCAUCCGUCCUCCCGGUUGAAUCUAGGGCUGCCGUGUUUUCUACCUCUGUCGACCCCGAUUUCUUGAUCUAUCGCGUUGAUAGGUUGUUGGAUCUGGAUCUUCGUUAUCCCGUAUUGGUUUAUUCCGGCCUUUCCUUUUUGCGAGCCUCUGUAGAAUUUAUACUUUUUUUAGGGUUUCGUUAGGGGCUUGCUUCGUGGGCUCUAGGGUUUCGAUCCGUAGAUCCGUUGCUGUUAUUGUCCCUUUAUUAUUCGUUUUGUCCAUCCGCUGCUUAUUCUGAUUUGUGACCCUUGUGAUCUAUCCGUCAGCGUUAGAGAUUUAUUUUUACAGAUAUUAUUGAUCGAUCCGUAAGGGGGACUUGUAAUUUACAAUUUUAGUCCUUGGAUCGUAGGCUUAAAUUGUUUUAUUUAUUAUUUAUUCCUAAAAAUCCGUUGACUUUCAAAUCCUGGGGCUAGGGGUUUGAAAAUUGACGAACUUGUGGCCCGUUGACUGACAAAUUGGGGGUUUUGGGGGUAGAUAAAUCUUCUAGUUGUUUUAUUUAAAAUAUUGUCGGUCGCAGCAUAGAUCCAUCUCUUGAGGAUAUAACUCUAGUCACUUGUGGAGGGCCCACCCCUUUUUUCUUGAGGCAUUCCUGGGGGCAGCUAUUGAGAGAUGUACAGCAAGCACCCUUGUGUUCCUGAUGAUCCUUAUCAGCUUGCCUAUGAACAUGGUAGACAAUUGGAGUUUGCUGUACAUCUUGGAUCAUCUGCAGAAGUUUCUCUUGAUAAGCUUGAGCAUGGGAAAUAUCAAGUAUCAGAUGGAGAGAAGGAACAUUUUGAAGCUACUAGCGUUGCGGACAUGGAGUUCAAGAAGCGAAUUGCUAAUAUUCCUAUGGGGGAUGCUGCAAAAAGCACCCAAGGAACUGAAGCAUCAGAGAAUGGUAAACGUCCUUCUAACAUCGUAUGUGGUGAAUUGGUGAAUAAGCGUGCAAAAAAAGAGGAUCAAGCAGGAAAGCUGGGACACUUUGCGGGAAAUUCAAAUUCUCCUAUUAAUAUUACUUUUGAAGAAAAAUCUUUUUCAGAGGAGCCAGAAUGGAAAAUGGCAGCAUCUGUUGUGAAUGCUAAUGGCGAAAGCCCCGCAGCAGCAACUAAUUUGUUAUCGCCUGGUGCAACAUGCAAUGUAAGUAAAGUGGAUACCAGGCAAGGCCAGCCUGCUGGGCUGUCAUUCUUUCCAGGAUAUGAAUAUCUCCAUAGAGCUGGGUUGGACCUGCUGGAAGAUGUUCAUUCCCCGCUUUCGGAGCAUUCUCAUCGAAGACUUGUCCCUAUUGGAUUAGAUCACCAAGCAGAUCUUCCGCAGUGGACUCCCAAGGAUUUUGGUUUCUCUGCAUCUCAUUUAGCUCGAAGCAAUGUGACACCAACAUUGCCUGUUAUUGAGAGCAAUGAAUUCAGUGCAGACAAAUGGCUCGGAAUUUGUGUUAUUCCUUUGCCUAGACUUCACUCUUCGCCCGUGGAGACUCAUCUAUGUUGCCCUAAACAAGACUGUGAUUGCGGUGAUGAGGGCUCCAUCAGAUGUGUUAGGUAUCAUGUAAUGGAAGCUCGGGAAAAGCUUAAAGGAGAACUAGGGAGUAAAAAGUUCAUAGAGCUUGGAUUUCCUGACAUGGGAGAGGAUGUUAGGCAAAGAUGGACUGAAGAGGAGGAGAAUUUGUUCCAUAUGAUAGUGUUGUCAAAUUCAGCAUCAUUAGGCAGAAACUUUUGGACCCUGCUCCCUCACUCUUUUCCAUCCCGAAGUUUUAAAGAAAUUGUUAGUUACUACUUCAAUGUAUUCAUACUUCAGAAAAGAGCUGACCAAAACCGAAUGGAUCCUUUGAAUGUGGAUAGUGACAAUGAUGAGUGGCAAGAGAGCAGCGAUGGUGAAUUUGCGAUGUCGGAGGAAGAGGAAGAGGAAGAGGAUUCAGUAGUGGAGUCACCUAACGAUGCCUCCGAAGAUUUAGAUUUUGACGAUGAGGUUGACGAUGAAGAGGAGUAUCAGAAGCAUCUUGUUGCAACUAAGGAUGAAGGAUUCUAUUGUGGCUCCGUUGGAUCCACAGGAUUUAAAUCAAAGUCACCUUGCAAGCAGCCCAUUGAUAGAAGUUCUAGAGAUUGUUCCUUGGAUCGAGAUGUUCAAGAUGACUCCUGUACUUCCUUCGAGGGGCCAUGUAAUGCUUCCGACUCUUGCGUAGAGAGGGAUCAAGAGAAUUUGCACAAGGACCAUAGAAGUAAUUGUAUGGUUGGUUUUGCUGAUUAUGAGUUUAUUGAUGGCCAUCAUGAUUCAAAGCCAUGGGAUAUCAACUAUGUUAGAGCAAAUGAGAAAGAGUUUGAUUUCUUUCCAACUUGUAAUGUACUUGAAGAGGUUUUUGGGAAAGGCGUCUAGGGAGAAUGCUUCAGCUCCCAACCUCUGAAAAAGCUGAGUAUAUUCAGUCUGGCAGAUCAAAGCUAUUAUUGAUCUUUGUUUGUAAAUCCAUGUCGGCAAUUAGGCAAAGCCUGGUCUUUUAGGUAAAUAUUGCGGUUGUUUUUAGUUCUUUACCUUUCUUCAUGAUAUCUUAAUUUCUUGUGAUUGUUUCAUGAGUCCAGGAAAAUUGUUAUGGAGCUUUCAGAAAUUCAAGUGGUCUGUUAUAGGUUUUGAUUUCCAAUGUUCAUCACUAUUUAAUCUUAAUAAGAAUUCUGAGCUGCUCUUCUUA